UUUGGGGUAGGGGUUUAAUGUAGGAUGUUUAUUGUGAUAAAGUAGUUUUGCACAGUGGUAAUGUGAACAUAUUGAUGUUGUAUGAUAACUGGUAGGGGAGAGUGGGGUAAGAUGAGCCAUAUUUCAUAUUUCAGAUAACUACAUCAAGGCAAUCAUAGUUUUGUCUCUAACUAGUGUAUCUGCAUAUAUUUCAAGAUGUUGUGCAUCCCUGCAAACCAACAGAAUAAGUGUAAACAUAACUGUCUUGAUAAUAUAGCAUGCCCCCUCACCUUAAGGGAGGGGAGGGUUGAAUACACAUUCAUGUGUAUUUUUAUCUAUUAUACACUAUUCAACUGGUACAAUAAUUAUUGUUAUUAUUACUGCAUAGAACUGCUAAAACGCUGUUUUGCAAAAAGUCAUUUCAACAUGAGAAUGCCUUUAGGUGAUUCAGAACAUUCACAGCUGUAUUUUUGAAAAGAAAAAGUAACACAUUUCAACAAUCUGAACUAAAACGCUGAUCCUCUAAUCAUACCCCCCAGCUAAAAUUACCCCUGGCCAAAUGGCUCAAUUUACCCCAGAACUACUAUUAUGACUUUAUUAUUCCUCUAAGCUAAAAUGGUGGACUUUUAUGCUAGGUUUUUGACCUCAUGUUGUAGCUGAUAGAUACCACAAUUGAUUGAUUAAACAAAUUCAAAAUGAUCUUUUUUGGUCUGAACACAAUUCUAAUAAAACUUAUAACAGACUAAAUUCACUUUGAAGAGUGAAAAAUGUUUUUUUUUGUAAAUAAAUGUCUAACCCCUUCACCCAUGUGCUUCUAACCUUCACAGACUCCAUAAAUUGAUGCCCAUCUCCUAAAUAUUUGGUCUAAUGAUCAAUUUCUUUUACCAUUUCCAAGCAACAGAGGGUGGCUCAACUUACCCUUUGGCUCAACUUACCCCACUCUCCCCUAAUCACUGUAUCACAGAAUAUUGCUGAUAAUAUAAUUAUAUUGAUACUGUUGCUGCAAGUAUUUUUUCUGAUACUAUUUUUGGGGAGGUUGAGGUUAAAUGUAGGAUGUUCAUUGUGAUAAAGUACUUUUACACAGUGGUAAUGUAGACACAUUGAUGUCGUAUGAUAACUGGUACUUGAAAGAUUUUCUUGUAAGCUUUUAACUAAAAGACAUUAGCAAAUUACUUCUCUUGUUUGCUAUUAAUGAAUGAUAAGUAUAUGUAAUUAUCUUAAUUUAUGUAGUUAGGGCGUGUGGCAUUUAUAAAUGAACCGAAAGCUAAGCUACAUGUGGGGCCUACAAGAAUAAGGUCACUAUAACUUCACUGUUGCUAAUCACACACUGACAAAACUUCGACGAAAAUAGCCUCUGUCGACUAACAAUUAGACAUAAACACGGUUAUUACAUUCAGUGUCAUCAUAGGAGAGUAAAUUUAGCAUGUGUAUGGAGGAAUGAACGUGGCCGUAAUAUAGUAGUAGAAAGAAAGACCCUGAAAUCCUCCGCUCAGCUGUUUACCUUGACUGCCCAUAUUUGGACCGGGCGGGGUUGUCGCUCGCGCGGGGAGCCAGUCAGCCCUUGCUCACGGCGUUGAGUAAAGGAAGUGAGUCACGCUGACGGUAAUGUUACGUCUCUAUUGCAGCAGCAGCGGCAGCACUGAGAGAGCUCAACACAGAACAAGGAAGCAACAUGUGCUGACCAUAAUAACUCCAACACACAAGCGCAGACAGGCGAGCACGUAGCCGAGACACAACGAGCCGAGUACAAUCAUCGACGCAACUCUGUCUUUACUGACUCGUAAGUAACGUUUUGUGAUUUUCUCUCUUAAAGUAAUAUAUUUUUGUAAAUGCUUUGGUGUUCUCUUAUUAGUUGUAAAGUUGCUGUCGUAUUUGUUGAUUUAUCAGGAGAGUAUUAUUGUCUCUCAUGUCUCAUUUGGUUUCUUUUCAAUGGUCUUUUGACUAAUGAAGUGGAUGUCUAACCUUGUGUGAAAACUUUACCGCUAAUAGUUAAAAAUGUGUAACCUAAUUACGCUGAUUUCCUUGUAAAGUUAAAGGGGGAAUCUUCCUUAGCCUACUCUGAAAACUUGUUCUUACUUAUUUCCACUGGGGGGUUUCCGCAUUCUCACCAAAGCCGAGCGCGUUAUUUCCAGUAUGUAGAGUCGUUUCCUUUUCCCUAGCAGAAAGAUAAAGAGGCUCAAAGUGUAGGGUGAAUUAAGUGUCCUUUGAUCAGUGUGGUUUUGUUUUAUGGUUUGAACUGACUGGAUAUUUAUGAGCAGCUUCACACCAACACGUGUUCCCUCCUCAGGUCACACACAGCUGAGUCUUUACUGCUUUACUGCGCCUCCUUUGUUACACGCAGUCGCGAAAACAAGUUUCGUUGUUACCCGGAGCGAAUAUCGACGAAACCAAGUUAGUUUACAUCAAGCCUGACCAAUUUUUUUCACAUAUAGUCUUUUGCCAAUUACAUGUCUUUUCCUGGUCAGACUCAAAAACACUUAUUAUGAUGUGUCUGGCCGUUUGGCCUAGUUGCAUAUGAAGGUGUGAUGUGAUCAACAACAAGUGUCACACACAAAAGAAAUGACCUGGUAUGUGCUCUUCAACACGCCUAAAUACAGAGUAGCACAGUUAGUGUUAGUUUUAGCAGCUGGGACUAUUCUGAGUCUGCAAACAGGUCUGAUUGUCUGUCUGCACAUGUAUAAUCCUGACAUUAUCAACAGUGUGGGAAUUUGACAGUAGGUCACUGUUCAGUAAACAUAGUAUAACGAUAGAGAAGAGCAGAUUUGCUGAAAUCUUUUUAAGGCCGUCAUUAAACCCUCUGAUUAGAUUAAAGAAGAGACACUUUAAGGUGAAGUCGUCAGAGAAGACAAGCUCCAUUACAAUCAGAAACACGUCUUGUUAUGAUGCAAACUGGUUGUAAACAUGACUCAUAUCGGCUGCCCUAGAUAGUGUACGUAAUCAGAGCAGAGAGGAGAGGCUGGAUGUUGUAAGUUUUCAACACCUGAACAACACCGUGAUGAUAAUGAACACAUAUCUUCUAACAAUAUUACAUGUUUUCCAUUGACUCCGAUCCCUAAACCAUCAUCUGCGAAACCGCAAGUUAAAGAUGAUAACAGCCCGAUUAGCAGACAUUGCCAUGAUAUGAUCCUGUCUGUCAUCAGUCUUGGCUUAAACACUCUGAAAUGACAUUUUUUCCUCCUUUUUUUUAGAAACAGCAUUGAUGGAGGGGUCAAUCAGUAAAACAAAAGAGAAAUGGUUCAAGUUUAUUUAUCAAAACAACUUCAUCCCACUGAUGGUUUAAAAUGGAUUAAAAGUGUAUUAAAGGAAAGGAAACAAAGGUUUUCUCCAUUUUCUGAGACGUUUAAAGCCACAUUUACUAAAUUUACACUAAUCAGAUGUAGUUUCUGUCAGUCAAAUUUCACGAGUUAAUGACUUUAUUGACAAAACCCAUUCAUCAAAGAUCAAAAGGGAUUUUUUUUUAAUUUAACAUUAUUUCCAGACUCACAUCACUUUGACUUGUAAAGCUAAAAUACACUCUCUGUUUUAAAUUCCUGUGACCUCUUUAACUUUGCAUUUGGAGGAAUUCGGGUACGAAGCAACUUUACACAUGGCCCAUGGCUGCUGCAGAAAUCUAAAAAAUGGAAAUCUGACCUGAAAAACCUGUGUUCAUGUUUGUGUGUCAGCUAAAGGGACAAUAUGCAGAUCAGCAUUAUGCAAUUUCACAACCUCACUGGUGCAGACUGUGUGAAUGAAUGUUUUUAGUUUCCGGGUGCUGUUACCUGUUGUGUUGUUGAUAGUUUAUCUAAAAAUAUGUGCAUGUAACCCUGUGUAGUUGCAGACUGGAGUAUCAAACCUACUGUUAGAACUGAUAAAACGGGGUCCUUGUCACAGUUUAGUUCAUGGAAAACAUAUUUGUUAGGGAUUAAAAGUUACCUCUACUUUUCCAUUUAUGUCACGGCCUCGUCAUGUCUCCUUAAGUGGAGGUUGUGGCUACAUCUGCCAGGGAAAAUAACAAUUUUCUCUCCAAACACAUUACACAGGUUGAGCUACAGUGGUUUGUUAAAUCCAUGAUAACAAAUGACUGCCGGGCCACGAAUUUCAAGGCUCAGCUCUCUUGUCAGGGCCAUUUUCAGGAUGUUGGGAUACUGAGUGUUGAAAGUUGGAAUUGCCUUGGCCUUUAUUUCAAAAUGUGCUCGUCUCUGGUCAGGCUGACAUUGGCGCCCAACCCAAACAGGCACGCUAUCAGAGGAAAAACAUCACAGUGAGAUCAUUGAUUUGCAUGUCAAAAUACAUCAAGAUCCUGGGGCUGAUUUGCAUGCUAUUUGCCUGAAUACAAACUCUAGCCUUUUGUCAACACCAAGCCUUGCCCUAUAGCUGUAAAAUGUCUGACGCUCGCUAUGCACAGCUCCCCAGAAAGUUAUAAAAAUAGAAAGCUCAGGGGCAUCUACACAGGGCAGUGCUGUUAUCGUUGCAGCUGAAGUUCCUGAUCCUCCUCAACUGAGUGAAGGAAAGCCACAGACUGAUACCAAAAUCUCAAAUCACUCGACUUACAAAAUGAACUAAGUGAGAAUCAUGAUUACAUGUAAACACCAACUUUAAAUGACCAUGAAUCAUUUUUCCCUUUUUCUCUUCUCUUCUUAUUCUCCAGAACAUGAAAAAAGAGGUCAAAGCUGGGGUCAACUUCCUCAAACGCCUUGCAUUAGCACGCGGCAAGCUUGAUGAAGCCAAAGCGGAGUUGUUUGCUGAGAAGCUACAGACAAUUUUGUGUGAGAAGUACAAAGAUCACUGGUACCCUGACUGCCCCAGCAAAGGCCAGGCAUACAGGUACAAUUUUCAAUUAUUUACAGGUCUAAUGCUCCUGUACCAAAGAGGAAAAGAUUCAAAUGAGAAGAAAAACAAACUUUGAUGUGGAUCUCUUCACAGAUGUAUCAGGAUAAAUAAUGGCGUACCCUGUGAUGAUGAUGUCCUGAAAGCAUGCGAGCAGAGUGAGCUCACAGCCAGUGAGCUUGGUCUUCCGCUUGAGGUCACACUGUGGAUCGACCCACUGGAGGUUUUCGCAAGGUGAGUCACUGGCUGGUUUGCUGAGUCGGAGGCUGAGUGUCAGAAACAGAUGGGUACACUCGCUCGUAAAAGAGUCAUUUCUCAGUUUAUGUGAUCCGAUGAAUGAAAACAUGGGGAAGUGGAAAGCAGGAAUGUGUGACAGAAAAAUUAGAAACAAAUACUGUCAUUGUUUCGCUGAAAAUAAUCCACCUCCUCUUUGCAGAGCUGGAGAGAACAGCAGGCCCUUUAAAGUAGCUUCCUUUGAAGAUGACGGGGAGGAAGGUGUGAAGGGAGAACAGGAUGACUCCUCGGUGUCCUCGAUGAACUUGGACACGUCAGAUUAUCACUCUGCUACCUCUUCAGAUUGCAGCUCCACUGCAUCAAGCGACACAGAGGAGGACGCUAAAGAUGGCGAGACAGAAGGAGAGCAAGAAAAGCAUGAAAAAGACGUCGUCAAGAAGAGUACGGAGGCGGCAGAAGGCGACCCAUACACCAUAGUGAUGGUACCCAGGGUUCGGAAACGGCAGGGAGAUGGACCAAACAAGAUCAAAUAUGUCAGAAAUAUGGUAAAUAUUGUCUCCUGUCUUUAUAGACCUUUUGCUUGUGUUUAGCGAUGAAAGAAUAAAGCAGAUUAUAUUUGUAUAUUUGUCUUUCUGUGUAGAUAUCUCAUGAGCAUGCACAGUUUGCGUAGCAAUAGCCCGAUGAAGCUUAUUUCUUGAAGCCCUAGAAUUUGUGUUGCCAAAAAAUGAUUAAACAAAAACACAUUAAUGAACCACAUCUAUGGCAGCAAAUGGCUAAACACACAGUCAUUGUAGUGAGUCACUCCUACUUGUACCAUUCUGCUGCUAGAAAACAAUAUGCCAGUGACAUAUUUGCUGUGUAUGCCCAAUUAUGAGGAUUAGUCAGAGCUAAAAGUGGUCCACAACAAAUUCUGAUUGUGUUUGAGUAAUGUUUGCUAAACACUUAAGUUCCCAGCUGUUUUCGGAUUACUCGGAGCCUUUUGAAAACAAUGAAAGUUAAUAUUUGUGACCAGCUCCUGCAGAUUUACUCUACCUAAAUGGAGGCACAUGCUCUACAGAGAGGACAGGGAAGUUUCAAAGCCCAAAGAAAGACUUGUGAAUUGCUGACUAUAGCUUUUUUGAGGGUUGUGUAGACAGCAUGAUAAUAUUUCAGUAUUGCGUGUUCCAGAAAAGAAAGUACCAUUGAUUCUUGCUGUCAGGACAAAGUGUUUUUUUUUUUUUACACUUGUGCUGGAAACUCUCCACCACCCUGUCCUAAUCUCUUGUACUCCCUCCAAUCUCUUCCUCUGUUCAGCUCCCUGCUAGCCUCCAGUACUACUACCACCCUGCACCAGUCUGGCCUCAGUACAAGAAAGGUGCUCCUGUGUUUUUGAACACAGUGUGCGUCCCACCAGCGCCGCCUCCUCCUCCACAGCAGCAGGUAUUUGGCUACUACAUCCUACCCCAAGUAUCUCCACAGUUCAUUUUGCCGCAGGCCGCCCUGCAGCCGUGGGGAGCUGUGAAGGGUUAGACCGUCCAGAAGUUAUGAGGCGAAGGUGGAUAAAGCAAUAGAAGAUCCCUCAACUGAGCCAUGCUGUUUCAGGUCUCUGCUGUGUCAGAGUUGAACUUUAGCCAAAAGUUAACUUUUUUAUUGUUUUUUUUUUAUUUUUAAUGUAAUACUGAAAUUUAUUCCUUGCACAACCUUUGAUAAUUCCUCUAAACUGUUUCAUUUCCAGUGACUUGUAAUUUAUAGCCUGUUCUCUGCACUCAGCAGCCACUGAACUUGAGUUUUUUUAUCUGCCACGUCUGCUCUGCUAAUCUUUCUUACAUGCUGUACACAUUAGGACUGACUCCAGUCUCUGGGUGCUUGGACAAACUCAGGAACUCUGAGCAAUAUCCUCAAUGCCAAAUAUUUGUCUGUAUGGGUGUUGUAUUUCUCACGACGGCAAUCCUUCUGUCUGUUUUCUUACAGUGAACUUGUAAACAUCACAGCUAAUUAAUGUAAAAUGUGAUUCAGGGUUUGAUCUAAUGUAGCUAUAGUGACCAUAUUUGUAUAUUAAGAAGAAUAUUUUUACUAAACUGCUUGUAAAUAACACAGAACUUAGGUAUCAUAGAUUUAUGCACGUUUUCUAACCUUGCUGUUUUAUUCUUGUAAUUUAUUCAGCCACCACUGGAUGGCAGCACACUCACAGCUUACACAUGAAAUUUUUAUGAACUUGUAUAUAUUUUAUAAAAACAAAGGCUGCUGUAAAUCUGAACUUCAUGGAGCACAAUCAUUGUUUAUAGGUGGCUUUAAUUCUUUUGCUGCAAGAUGUGUCUGUUUGAUGGCUUCUUACACUGUGCUUUUAAGGUGUUGAUGUACAUAACUUACUUUUUUAAAGUUUGCUGUGGCAGUAAUUGUUAAUGCAUGAAUGCUGCUGUGAUUGGUUUUUUAUAACAUUGGUUUAAAGGCUAUUUAUUUCACAUCAUUGCAACUUUGAAGCUUCUGCAAGCUUUAACAUUGCAGCUCAUUAAACCAAGACGAGCCUCAAAUAUUACGUUUUCCUUGUCUUUUG